GCGUCCUGUUCCGGGGAGACAGGUGCAGUACAGUAGCCAUCAAGGCCCAAACUACUUUCUCAAACCUGCCUUUCACUUUGCAUGCGCUUUGCUACGCUAGUGUCCGCGCUUCUGGAGCCUCUCGGGGACGCGCCUGAAUCGCUGCCUGGAAACGUCACCGCUGCCAGCGUGGAGAGAAGAGAGCAGUGGUGGCUAGGUGGAGGAAGGAAGGCGGAAGUACGGGCAGGAAUAAUUCCGGAGAGUAAUAGAAGGGCAGCUGUCAGCUGAAGGAACCACCAUGCAGAAACACAUUCCUCAGAUGGUUGACCCAACCUUAGCAGAAAUGGGAAAGAAUCUGGAUGAAGCAAUGAAAAUAUUGGAAGAUAAUCAGAGACCAUCUGAGGAAGAGAGGGAUGGCAAGAAACACUCAAGAAAGGAUAUUCCUGGACCACUCCAAGGAAGUGGUCAAAACAUGGUGAGCAUUUUGCAGUUAGUGCAGAAUCUAAUGCAUGAUGAUGAAGAGGAGGAAUCCCUAUCAUUUCGGAGAAUCCAGAAUGUUGGCGAGCAAGGUCACAUGGCACUUCUGGGACACAGUUUAGCUGCUUAUAUAUCUGUACUUGACAGAGACCGGCUCAGAAAACUGACCACCAGAAUUCUUUCAGACACAACACUAUGGCUCUGCAGGCUGUUCAGAUAUGAUCAUGGCUCUGCCUAUUAUCAUGAAGAUGAUCGAGAGGGACUUCUUAAAGUCUGCAGACUUGUUAUACAUUCACGCUAUGAGGAUUACACAACCGAUGGCUUCAAUGCCUUAUAUAACAAACAACCUGUAAUCUACAUUAGUGCUGCCUCCAGACCUGGAUUGGGCCAGUCUAUCUGUAACCAGCUUGGCCUUCCCCUCUCCUGUUUAUGCCGUGUGCCUUGCAACACUAUGUUUGGAUCCCAGCAUCAAAUGGAUGUGGCAUUGCUUGACCGGCUUAUAAAAGAUGACAUCCAGUCUGGAAAAUGCCCUCUUCUUUUAGUGGCCAAUGCAGGCACUCCGGGAGCAGGUCACACAGACAAGCUGGGGCGACUGAAGGAACUUUGUGACCAGUACAAUAUAUGGCUGCAUGUAGAGGGAGUCAAUUUGGCAACACUAGCUUUAGGUUACGUCAGUUCUUCUGUUUUGGCUGCCACAAAGUGCGACAGCAUGACCCUUACAUUGGGGCCCUGGCUUGGUCUCCCAGCUGUUCCUGCUGUUACAUUGUAUCGCCAUGAGGAUCCCUCCCUGUCUCUUGCUGCUGGCCUCACAUCCAGUCAGCCUGUUGAAAAGCUUCGUGCCCUGCCACUAUGGUUAUCAUUGCAGUACCUCGGACACAGUGGCAUUGUAGAGCGGAUAAAACAUGCAUCUCAACUGAGUCAGAAGCUGCUUGAAAGUCUAAAGAACCUGAGUUCAGUUAAGACUUCGGUGGAGAAUGAUGGCAGCUCCCCUGUAGUGGUGUUCCGAUUUGUUUAUGAAGGUUGCAAAUCAGACUCAACUUUGAACUUAAGCACCAUAGAAAGAGACAGCGAUGCUCUGAAUCAGUGGCUAGGGGACCAACUGGCUGCUCUUGUUCCUUUGUGCGGAGUGGACAUAGUAGAACUGGAAGAUGAAGGCACCUGCGUGCGCUUUAAUCCACUGAUGACCACAGCUGUUUUAGGUACUACGGCUGAAGACGUAGAGCAGCUGGUCGCUUGUCUCAGAAUGAAGAUCCCAGUCCUUCAGAACACACUUAAACUCAAGGAAGAAUUCAGACAAGAGGUUGAAAGGAUAGCAGGGCUGUCUUACAUCAAUGACUACAGCUGGGCCGGACUUGGUGUUUUACGGUAUGAGCAAUUCAAUGAGGAACAGGAUUCAGACAAAAGAGAAGCAGAUCUGGAAAAGAUUACUGUGGCUCUUCUGAAGAAGCUCAAUGAGCUUGAAACAGAUCUCCCAUUUUCUUCAGGGCCAGAAUUUGGUGCAGAAAAGAACUGUAUCUACAUUGGAAUGGCAUCAGAGGACCUGGAUGUUCCAGAGUUGGUAGAAACCAUUACAGCCAUGGGAAGAGAAAUAGAGGAAAAUACAAGGCUGCUGGAAAACAUGACCGAAGUUGUCAGAAAGGGCAUUUUGGAAGCAGAAGUACAACUUUACAAGGCCAAUGAGGAAAGGCUUUUAGAGGAGGGUGUUCUACGGCAGAUCCCAUUGGUUGGAUCAAUGCUGAACUGGUUUUCCCCUGUUCAAACCACACCAAAGGGAAGAACAUUCAAUCUGACAGCAGGAUCUCUGGAGACAACAGAAACGACUUACAUAUCUAAAGCACAAACAACUGGAUUGACACCACCUUCCACUCCAACAUCUGCACAUGCCAAAAGACAACCAGGUCAGAAGCUGUUUAAAAGACUAUCAAGAAAUUCUGAUGCAAUGAGUGAGACCAGCUCCAUAAGUCACUUGGAGGAAGUGGAAAGCCUUGAAGCCCUCCCAAUGCCAGAUACACAGCAGUUCGAUUCCACAGCAGAUGAACUCUCUGCAACAGCAGAGAACUCUGCAAUACCUUCCGUUGUUCCCACUGAAACCUCCAGCGAAGCAUCCCAGGAACCCAUCAUUCUCAAUGCAAACACAGCAGAAUCAGAUAGUCUGAGAUAAAAUAUGGCCUGACAAUGACCCAAUUAAACGCAAGGGUGCGUAACUUGUUUAACAUGCAAACAGUGCCACUCGAGUCUACAGUAAAGACUACUGUACUAAAUUAUUAACAUAACUGCACAAAUAAUAGAAGGCUUUCUUGUAUGGCACAGUAAGCUUGGCAAACAUUACUGCUGCUAUUAAAUAGUAAUUCCACUUCUCUGCCAGUUCUUGCACUACCAAGUAUGUUCUUGAUCAUUCUGUAAUCAAACCUUCUUUCUCAUUACGGUUGUCAGUUGGUUAGAGCUUCCAAUUACAACCAAAUAAUGUCCUUAUUUAACUUGAUGUUCAUAUUAUACCUGGAUAUAAUAUUUAAAUUAAUUUGUACCAUUCGUAGCUGCUGAGAAUCUUACAGCCUGUCUGUUCAGACCAUUUCCAUGCAGGUUUGUGUUAUGGUUUGCACAGACUGGCGCCUUGAAGGAGAAUAAACCCACCCAAUACUAUAACACCCCAGCUAUGUACUGUAACUUUAAAAUGCACUAUUUUAUUUAGGUAUAUAAUUUCCUAAUAAGGAAAAAAAAAACCUUCCAUCCAGAGAUUAUAGAUGUGUAUAGUGUAGUAUUGUAUGCACACAUUGGGUUAGUGUCAGGUUACGCCUACUGGAGUCACCACUGCCCACCUGCGCCCAAGACUCAACCCCAAAUGAAAUAUAGUGUCCUUGCCACUUGUAUAUUUAUUAGUUAAACACCUGAAGUCUGACAACACACAAAUGUAUUUAAAUACUGUAUCUUUCCAAUAUGUCUUACGGUUAGGCAGCCCUUAGUGGCCCAACAGUCUCAGAACUGUACUCCCAGCAUCCCCUGCCAGUGGAGCCGGAGUGCCAAAGAUUUGUACAUUGCACCGUCACAUACUCACAUUUUGUAGCAGACUGUUAAGACACUGCAGCUAUGUAAUAUCCAAAUCCAGAAGAGACUGUGGCACAGCAAUAGUAGAACUGCAUAAGCUUGACAUAAACCCACUACUCUGCAUCUAUGACUAAAUCACUCACGGUUGUUUGGCACUGGCAUCAAAAUGGCUGUGUCCAUAUGGUGAUGUUUCUCACAUCCAGCACAGGAACACUGAAACAGGAUCUGAGUGCAAUCUAAUAAAUUAUUUUAUUUGUAAUGGUCUUCCCUUUUGUUAGGAUGUUCAUUGGUGCAAUCGAGUUGAUUUUAAUUUUACUUUUGAGGUAUGAGGAGGGUUAAAUUUCAUUCAGUGUAUAAAUAUUAAUACUGAUUAAUUUUUACUGUUUUUAUAUAUAUAUUUGAGAUUUGUCUCUUUCCUGGUUUAAAGGCUAAAUAGUUUCCGUCCAUCUUUUUUUUUGGGGGGGGGGGGGGUGGGUUCCGUUGAUUUUGUUAUAACCAGAGAUUGUGUAAUUAAAAGGAAUAGCAUACUUUAAUUUUCUUUUUGUAUUUGUGAAAUGGAAGAAAUUAAUGUAUAAUUAUAUUUCUGUUGCAAGGCCUCCUGUAGGCUCAGUAAAGGUGUUCAAGACCCUUCUU